AUGAAGUCCAGUUAAAACCCGAUCAGUGUCACCUUCCUCUGCAUCGGUGCUUACUUUACCGGAGACAAAGUAAGUUGGUAAACGGAUAUCCGUAUUGUUAGCAUUGAACAAUCCACCAUGGGUGUGUCAACCAUGUGGGCUGUAGCCCUGCCCAUCUCAUUAACUGGGAUUCCAAUUGCCUACGUUCUCAACAAAACAGGAGCCAUGGAACAGCAGUUUUUUGUUCUUGUGGCCGGAGUUGUCUGCCUUGCUCUGGUAGCCAUUAUACCUGCUGCCAUGAUGAUUAUUAGAGGAGAGAAAAAUGACCCGUUUUUCUAUGUGCUCAGUAUCUUCACAUUCAGCUCGGUGAUGGACUUGGUGAUAGCUCUUGAAAAUGAUGGUUUUAUCAGUAGCUUCAUGACAUUCUACCUCCUGGAGGGGGAACCUUACCUAGUCACCGCCCACGGAACGAUGAUUCUCUACUGGGACGGCAUCGCCCACCUUCUCAUGUACGUCCUCAUGGUGGCUGGACACUCUAAACGGCAGGGUUGGUACAGAGAGGUGGGCCUGUACUGGGCAGGUUCUAUAGCUCACAGUAUGGUCGUCUUUUUACCUGGCAAUAUUGCAGGUAAGUAUGGAAUGAAGUGGUCCAUAUUGUUGAACGUUCCCUAUCUGAUAAUACCCUUCUGGGCAGGCUACAGGUUUUUAAAGUCAGGAGUGAAACCUCAGAAGAGUGUCAGUAAGCCAUUGUCUGUAGCAUUAUGGAAGAGACCACAGGAUGUGUUCUUUGUUCUCUAUCUACUGGCUGCCACAGCUCUGGCUGCUUUUCGUGGUAUGACGGUUCUGGGCUGCAAUGCUGAGAUGUCUCAGAUCUACAAAAACCAAUAUGAUCCCUAUCUGAAGGAUGACAGUACAUAUCCCAUGAUGCAGAUGCUCAUAUACCUUUUCUACUUCAUCCCGUACUACGUGGCUGCUGCAUGUGGGUUAUGGGGGGGAGAAAAUCACACCUGGAUGACAGACUGGGCCUUGAUCCAUGCUGGGGCAGCUGCUCAGGGUCAGUUUUCUUACAUUGGAGGCGCUAUUCAUGCCAGCACAGACCCAAACUAUCGCCUGCCAUCUGAUCCGUCUGUCCGUCUGUCCUUCUUUCUGAUUAACGGGGCACUUUUCCUCGUUCCUCAGUUGAUGGCCUUACGCUUUGUGUGGGGGAAGACAUUUACACAUGAGCUACCACCAGCAGAACCCAUUUUAAGCCAGAGAAAGAAGAAAGCUUUCAAGAAGCACAUGUAGAUCCUCACACAGAGCCCACAAUUCCAUGACAGUAUUUUGAUAUUCCAUCUUUUUAGCUGUAAGGUCGUGAAGAUUUAAACACUGAUUAAUGAGCAGCUUUUACUGGAUUUGAUUUACACAUUCACCUCGUAAUAGUCCAUUUUUUCAGCCAAAUCUAGGUCGUAAAAUAUUACUUUUGAUGCUGAAACUUUUACUAAGACGUGAUUCAACCUUCCAAAUAGUGUGAUUAAAUGAAAAGCAAAGGGAAACCUUUCUUGCCCAAAAUGCCCUGGGUGUAAGCUGCCAGAGAACAAUAGUCGAGUCAGCUUGGAACCAAGUAGCAUAUGGUGGGAAAAGCACCUCACAUUGUUAUACUCAUUAUAGCAUGAACCACUACAUACACAUUAAUCUAUCCUGAAACAUACAUGUAAAUCUUCAACCUUUUCAACCACUACGGCACUUUUUUCAGUGGAAUUUCUGCAUAUAAUUAUUAUGAAAAUGACGCUGAAAAUUAUUUGCUUGUGUCAUUAAAGAUACAAGCUUUUUAAAACUGUGAAAAUGGUUUUUUCGCACCCCAUAAUUCUCUCAGAAUGUUUGAAAAUGUUGUUUGCAAAGGCGGUUGAAAAGGUUGAAGAAUUGGGGUACAUGGAUAGGCGCUCUAAUCUAAAGGCCAUGCUUUUAAGGAAAGUGAAGAUAGUUAUGCCAAAAAAAAAAAAAUCAACAAAAAUUAUUUUGGAGACAUAGUUUAUAUUUCAUAAUAACUCUUUUAUUUAUGCAUAUUUUCUGUUAGACUUCUGACUACUUAGUUUCUAGAUUAACAUCUGGUGCCUUAAAAAACAAGAAGAAAGCUCAGAAUCGUUUUUGCCAUUUUGUGUGUUAGUACACAUUCAAAACUCCUAAUUAAGAAAUAAACACCAAUUGUUUCAUGUGUACAUUAAAUGUGCAUGGUUUUAAUGUGUAACAAGGUUUUAAUGUGUAACUGGAAAUGAAACAAGGAUAAUUGUUACACAAAAUUAUUGCAAGGUAUAAAUCUAAAAAGGUAAUUAAAUAAUGUGCCAAUUAAUGUCAUAAUGACUAAUUUUGAUUAAUAUGCCAAAAUGUUCAAAAGUGCUCAAAUGAACACAGAUGAUUUAAAGUUUUCAACAAGCCAAGUCUUGUUCAUUGUUCAUAAUGUGUGUAAUUGAUGUGAAUUAUGUGAAUUCUUAAAUGAAGUGCAUUUUAUGCAGGAUGUGGUAAACUUUAGUUUUUAUCCAGGGCGUACGGUAUAUUGUUUUUGUGUGGAAAGUGUAAAGAUUGAAAAAUAGAGGAUUUUUCUUAUGUACCAUUGUAUUACUGUUAGUUAUUUAACUGUUUGUUUAACUCUGGUUAGUUAUUUUUCCAAGACUUGGUAAACUUGAUUUUAGUAUUCUUAACAGCUAGUGCUCAGUUUGUUUGGACAUAGAUUAUGUUUUGUGACAUGGUUAGAAUUAAGCAUUUUCAGAUUAGCUUAUAUGUAAACCUGAGAUAGAUUUAGAUAUAACUGGAACGGAGCACAGGUCCGUCCCCCUUUUGUGAUAAUUCACAAGAAGUUAAGUAAGUUGCUUAAGUAUUUGUUUUUUGUUCAUAUCCAACAUAAAUGUAGAGUUGUUGUCAUAGAAAGUCAAACACUAAUUAAAUGUUGUAUUGUGUUUGUUACAAGAACAGACCAGGCCAACUGUAUAUUUUCACCAGAAGUUUGAAAGGCAUAACUUUUCAGAUUUUGGCGAUGCACAACCCACAUAUAAUAGUUUAAAGUAAGCAAAAUAUUGCACAUUGAGACAAUCAAAGUGCUGAAAAAUUAACAACUUUAUCCAAUCAGACAAAAGUUAUUGUUACGACCCGAGGGUGUGUCAUUUUCAGCUUACGUCACCCAAACUUUUCGACUGCAGUCGCGCCUUAUUUUACAGGGCAUAUUACAGGGCAUAUGUGCUUAGGACACUCUAACAUGGCACAUCACAGGGCAUAUGCGUUCAGGACACUCUAACAUGGCGUAUCACAGGGCAUAUGUGUUCAGGACACACUAACAUGGCGCAUCACAGAGCAUAUGUGUUCAGGACACUCUAAUAUGGCGCAUCAGGGCAUAUGCAUUCAGGACACUCUAACAUGGCACAUCACAGGGCAUAUGUGUUUGGGACACUCUAACAUGGCGUAUCACAGGGCAUAUGCAUUCAGGACACUCUAACAUGGCACAUCACAGGGCAUAUGCGUUCAGGACACUCUAACAUGGCGUAUCACAGGGCAUAUGCGUUCAGGACACUCUAACAUGGCGUAUCACAGGGCAUAUGUGUUUGGGACACUCUAACAUGGCGUAUCACAGGGCAUAUGCAUUCAGGGCACUCUAACAUGGCGCAUCACGGGGCAUAUGCGUUCAGGACACUCUAACAUGGCGCAUCACAGGGCAUAUGCAUUCAGGGCACUCUAACAUGGCGCAUCACGGGGCAUAUGCGUUCAGGACACUCUAACAUGGCGCAUCACAGGGCAUAUGCAUUCAGGACACUCUAACAUGGCGUAUCACGGCGCAUGUGGAUUUAGGACACUCUAACAUGGCCCAUCACAGGGCCCCUUAAACAUUCCUUAUUAAAAGUUGAUUUAUAGAGUUACAAAGUACAUCAAAAAAAAUAUCUUGCUGCAAAGGUGUGUUUUUGUUAUUUGUUUUUCCUUUUACUUCAUAAAAAAGUGUAGGAAGUUUCAUGAAGCCAGUCGAUUAAGUUGAUUAACCAUGGAUUAAUGUGGAUUAAUGUUCCCUCAAACAGUAGGUCACUCUGAAAGGUUAGAGGAGCUCAAAACCUCGGGACAAAUCAUGCUAUACAAGUACUGCUGUUUUCUACUUCAAACUGUUAUAUAAAGAUUUUGAAAUUUCUGUACACACGAGCUUAAAUGCCACAACAGAGUAAGACCACCCAUGUAUGUUUUUAAAUGCUUCCCAUUGAUAUUAAUUUAAAGUUAUUUUUAAAAAGUAUUCAUUAUUUAAUUUUAUAUUCAUUUAUAUAAUGUUUAAUUUAAAACCUGUGGCUUGGCAUGGUUUCCAGAUUUGGUAUUGUCGUUACCAUAGCAGUGGCCGAUAACGAGAAGCCAUAGUUUACAUGUUUAAUGAUCAGUGCUAAUGAAGUUAUGUAAACUCAGGCUGUUCAUUUUGCACUGUGUUAAAAAGAAAGUUGACUUUGGAAUUUUGUUUAUGAUUAUUGUGAAAAAUUUCCCUUUGAUGUCAUCAUGGUCAAUUUGUGUCAUGUUUGUAACCAAAUCUGAAUUGUUAUCUUUCAUAUUUUUAAUAGCAUGAAGUGCCUGUGCAUGUAGAUACAAUAAAAUUUGUUGCCAUAGAAACACUUGGCUGAAUUUACAGAUGAUUAGACUUAUGGGGUCCAGGGAAGCAGUGAAUAUAUAGGCAAUUUUUUUUCUUUUUGAAAACAACUUUUUGAUAUAGUUUUGAUUGAUGCAUAAUGAUGGUUUAUUGCAUGUUUCAUUUUCCUCUCCACGUGGAAUAUUAAAGGGGUAUGAAUUCCAGUGAUGCAUAUUCAAGGAUGCCUCAGUCAGGUGGAAAUAUGCUCUGUUUGAUUAUAAUGGAUGCGCACUGUGGAGAUUACCGGUAUCUGCAUUCUGUAAUGCAGAUGUUUUCAUUGACCAUUUUAUAAAACUGAUGAUUUACCAGUGAAUAAUUUUAAUAAAGUUUACCAAAAAGUCA